UCUCUCUCUCUCUCUCUCUCUCUCUAGUGUAUGUGUGUGUGUGUUUACAUUAUACGGGCAGCAGAAUUGGAUCGCAGUCAUGAAUAUGAACAUGAGUGAAUCAUAUUUGGACACACACACACACACACACACACACACACACACACACACACACACACACACACACACACACACACACACACACACACGUACACACGUAAAUAAAGUGGAACAUUAAUAUUCAUAAACCUCUUUGUGUUGGCCAGACAGACGUACAUAGACGGAGUGACGUGGCAGCUGAGUGCGUGGGUGUGUGUAUGUAUGUGUGUGUGUGUGUGUGUGUGUGUGUGUGUGGGCGUGUGACGGCGAGGAAGUAAGCGGAGACACCGACGGUCAAGCCUCUGGGAAUGCGAGGUUUUGUGGCCUUCAGCUGCAGCGGUGGACGAAGGCGAGUGCUGGUGAUACUGGUGAUGGUAAUGUGUCUCCUGCACCUCCUCCUGCAGCACCAUGUGUUGCAAUGCUUCACUGUGUUCCGGGGCGCGGGCGGCAAGCGGGGCAAGGAAUCUGCAGUUACCCUCAGGAGCCUCACGCCCUCGAAUGGAGACAGCGAGGCCAAGGACGGCUACCACAGCGACCUCGGCAAUGAUACUGUAAUCCCCCUCAAGUGGCGGCCGGAGGUGAGGUGGCCCCUGAUGGUGUUCUCCACGGUGGGUCGCCUCGGGAACUGUCUCAACUCCUACGCCUUCGCCCUUGCCUUCCGCGAUGCCUACCCCGCCACCGUGGCCGUGACGCAGCCCAUAGUGAAGAGGAUAAGGACUGUGUUGGCCAGUGAGAAUCUCACUCUGCCUGUCAUUGACAUGAAGUUCGAACAGGAUGCUGACGAGGAGGAUGCCCUGGAGGUGGUGGAGCCAGACUACCUUAAGGACGAUAUGGUGAGUCACCUGGCGCCCACCUUCCAACGGGCCGUGCGAGAGUUCCGGGAGGACGGCGGGCGUAAGGUGUUCCUGCUGCCAGGAUACCCGAACCGGAUGUGGAUGCUCGCCCAGCACCUCAGCAGCAUCCGCGCCUCCUUCAGGGUCCGAGCCGAGCUACAGCAGGAGGCAAGGCGGUUCCUGGAGAAGGCGAGGAAGGGGAAGGGUCGCGAUGUCACCUUCGUCGGGCUGCACAUUCGCCGAGGUGAUUACGUGAACUUUAUGAAGAACUUCCACAACUGUAGUCUGCCGGGUCCUGAGUUCUACGAGAUGGCAAUGAACCACUACCGCGCCUCCCUCACCGACCCGCUUUUCGUGGUGACCUCCGACGACCUCCUCCACGCCCGGCACCACCUAUACCGCCACCCCGAUGUCGUCUUCUCAGAUCUCGAGACGGCGGAGGAAGACAUGGCGCUCCUGGCAGCCUGCUCCCACUCCAUCAUGACCGUGGGUUCCUUCGGGUUCUGGUCCUCGUUCCUGGCCGGUGGGCGCGUCGUGUAUCCUCUUAUUAACGGGUGCUCUAAGACGCCCUUCAUGCAUCCCGACAGCUUGGGCUCGCGAGGUUUUGAGAAGUGGCUCCCCCUGCUGGUUCAGAGCCGCGAUAGUGAAGUCUAAUAGGAUGUUGCUCACUUUAUGUUAAUGCUACCUCCAUUCUAUUACCCAAAAACAUUUUCUCGUCAUGAUCUUGAUCUUGACGGUACCGGUGGCUCGGGAUCACUCCUAAGCCAGGCCUUUGGAUCGGCAACUCCUGUAGAAGGGAAAAAAAGAGAAACGAACAACUUCCUCUACACUAAUUGUUCUUACAUCUGGCACGCCACAUUCUCUCCAGAAACUCUUUCACCGCCUCAAUCAUCCUUUCAUUCGCUUCUCUAUACAGUCCCAACAACAACACCAUCCACUCCUUUCCUGUCUUCUCCACUCUUUCAUUCCUAUCAUGUUCUAACCCAGUCAGUUUCACUUGCAUCAUCUCAUUCCUGUCUCUGGCAUACUUCACACACUCCAGCACCACAUGUUCCACCGUCUCAUCCUCUCCCAUGCCACACAUCCAUCACACUUUGCUGCGGGACUCAGACCAUCUGUAACUCCUUGCAUUCACAUCCAUACACUGUGCCCUCGCUCGGAAGUUAAGAUCAUCGCCCAGGUUUCCAUCAUACCACCCUUCAUACCUCGGGACCUCUUUCUUCUUGUACCAUUCCAGGGUCUUCUUUCUUUCCAUCUCAUUCAUUCAUUCAUUCAGUCCCACACAUUUCACUUCUCUGUCUAUUUCAUUCUUCCAUUUUUCUCACAUGCCAUUCACCUUCCACUCUGCCUCCUCUUGUUACCACCCAUUCACGCUAAUCUUGAUUCCUCCUAGCCAUUCUCAUCGCCCACACAACUUGUAAUCCAUUCCUGUCUGUCAAUUUCAUGCACUUCUUCCUCCAUUUGGUUCCAGUUUCAUUUCAAAGGUAUACCUUCCUUGCUAUUCUUGCAUUAUCAUGCUUUCUUCGUCCAGAGUAGAUCUUAAUCUUAAUCUUGAUGGUACAGGUGGCUCGGGUUAUCUCCUAAGCCAAGCCUUUGGAUCGGCAGCUCCUGUAGAAAGAAAAAAAAAAAGAAAAGAAAAAGAAAAACGAAUCGCAUCCUUUACACUAAUUGUUCCUACAUCUGGCACGCCACAUUCUCUUCAGGAACUCUUUCACCGCUUCAAUCAUCAUUUCAUUCGUCUCUUUACACAGUCCCAGCAACAACACCAUCCAUUCCUUUCCUGUCUUCUCCACUCUUUCAUUCCUAUUGUGCCCUAACUCAAUCAGAAUCACUUGCAUCAUCUCAUUCCUUUCUCUGGCAUACUUCACACACUCCAGCACCACAUGCUCCAUUGUUUCAUUUUCUCCCAUGUCACACAUCUGGCACACUUUGCUGCGGGACUCAGACCAUCUGUAACUCCUUGCAUUCACAUCCAUACACUGUGCCCUCGCUCGGAAGCGAAGAUCACCGCCUAGUCUUCCAUCAUACCACCUUUCAUACAUCGGGGCCUCUUUCUCCUUGUACCAUUCCAGGGUCCUCUUUCUUUCCAUCUCAUUCUUCCAUUCAUUCAGUCCCACACAUUUCACUUCUCUAUCUAUCCCAUUCUUCCAUUUUCUCAUCCCAUUCAGUUUUCACUCUGCCUCCUCUUGUUACUACCCAUUCACGCUCAUUUUGAUUCCUCCCAGUCAUUCCCAUCGUCCACACAACUUGUAAUCCACGCCUAUCUGUCAUUCUCAUGGACCUCUUCCUCCAUUUACUUCCAUUUUCAUUCCACAGGUACACCUUUUUUGCUAUUUUUGCAUCAUCCAUUCUCUCAAGCCUGAUCUUGUACCUGAGCGUGGCUUUUGUGAGUCUUUCCCUAAAAGUGUUCCAUCCCGUACUACCUCUCAAGGGUUCUACUACUUUGUACCUCGGUGCACUCAGUGCCAUCCUUGCUACUCUAUUUUACCCCACUUCUAACUUAUCAGUUUCACUUUCAUUACAUGCAAUCACAUCCAUACCAUACAUUAAACUUGGCACAGUCACACUCUUCCACACUUCUCUCAACACAUCAUACUUACUCGCUCUCAUCCUUGCCGCGCUUCUCCAUCGACCUGGUUUACCAUGCUUAUCUUUUCAUUCUUUGCUUUUCCACACCCACUAGGAUUCAUCCACAUCGCUAAGUACUUGUAUGUACUCAUUCUCUCCAAGUCUCCAUACCACAUUAUUUUCAUCUUCUGACUUAUUCACAAUCAUUACCUUGCUUUUCUCACUGCUAAAUUUCACUCCAAAGUCUCUUCAAUGCCCAUCUACAACAUCCUGCAAACUUUGAAGCCCAUCUGCCGAUUCACUCAUAACCACUACAUCAUCCACAUUAAAAAGCACACAUAUUUUAUCAUUCCCCACACUUACACCUACAUUCAUUCUUCUCAUUCUCGCUACUAACUCCUCUAUACAAGCUAAAAAGGGUUGGUGACAAUGUACAUCUUUGCCUAACUCCUCUCUCAUUCUUCACCCAGUCUGUUUCAUUGUCUCCUAGCUUGUAUCUAGCUCUUGUGUCCACAUACAUACUUUAAACUAUGUUAACUAUCUUUGCACUCAACCUAAUCUUUUCUAGUACUCUACCUAGCAUUUCUCUAAUGUCAUGUUAUUGGCCGAGUUUAUCCUGAAGAGGAACACGUUUUCUUAGUGUGCCCCGUGUUCCGUUUUCUUUUUGUGCAUAGCUUUAUUCUUAGGAAUAGUUAUACGUUAGUAUAAUGCUUAUUUACUCAUUUUAUGUCAUGUAGUAUUAUUCCCUUCAUAAUUUAAGUUCUUUAUAUGCAUGUAUAUGUAAGGGAAAAGGUGUAUUUGAGGUGGAAUGUGUUGAGGCAAGGGGAUGAUAACAGAUCUGGCUUGGGUAUCUGACAGCAGGAUUCUACAGAACGCCAGAGGCCCUGAGGGAGAACAGAGGGGUGGCGUUUUUCAGGGGAUAAAUUUGGGUAUGGUGUGGUGAUGGAGUGUGUGUGUGUGGAGGUAUUAGUUAUGUGGUGGUAUUACCUUGAUAUCCAGGAUCAGGUUGGUGGGUCUUUUGUGGUGCCAAGAGCUCUUGUCCACUGAAAUUUGGUUGGCGAGUUGUGUUGGGGUGAGAGGCAGCAAUUUUGUGGUUGGGACUGCGGUGGUAUUGUGGCGUCAUUGUUGUCUUUGAGGGUGGUGUUAUGGUGUUAUAGGUGAUUUAUGGUGAUGGUGGUGAUGUCUUGUGAGGUUUGAGGAGGUAAAAUACAGGAAUUGUUAACUGGUGACGCGGUGACAGCGUCUAAGGAAAUUCCCGCAGCUGGGAAAAAUAUUUCAGCUACCUAUGGAGGAGUAAAAGGGUUUUAGUGCUUUGUCAAGUGAUGGGAAUGUCAUAUAUUGAUGUGUAUAACCUUUGAUCAAUAAAGGAGGCGAUAUAAGAGCCUGAGAAAAGGGGAUUCUAUUGUGAGUGAGAGUGGGAAUUAUCCUGUGUUGAUCUAGGGUGGAAAUUUGAUCCCUAAUUAUGUGUACUACCUCAAUUUAUUUGUGAUUUAACGUUAUUAUUGAUAUAUCCUGUUAUUAUAUAAAAUAA